AGGCAGGCAGGCAAUGCUUUACCCUCCCACUUUGUUAAUCCCCUCCUCUCCUCCCCGACUACUCUCUCUGCCCAGACUAUAAUAAGCUCUCUGUCACAGCCGAACCCGCGCUGAACAUUCCACCGAUCAGUACUACCAGCUGCUGCAGCAAAGAUCCAGGCACCGUCAUUCUGCUGCCGAGGCAACGUACGGCAGGCAGCUCCGACAGAUCUCCCGAGUCCCAAGUCAUCCCGGCCGUGUCCCAAUGGAGCUCUUCCAAGGGGAGGAGCCGGCCCAUGAUUUCCUCUCGCUCCGCGCAGGAGGAGGCUCGUCGCCGUUCCAGCACAGGCUGCAGUCCGCCCAACAAGCAGGAUAUGGCUUGGGGCCGCACAGCCUCGUGAAGCCGGCUGAGCCAGUCAAGCAGUCUAGCAGCCACGGCGGCGAUGGAGCGGUCAGUGCGGCGGCAGAUUUGGGGGAGCAAGUGUUGCCGGGCGGCGUUGGCACGUUCAGCAUCAGGCAAGUGCCUGACGCCCGGCCGAGGGAAGAAGCUGGCAUGGGCAGGGAUGCAUCUGUUGCUGCUGUCCAUCAGGGCUCCAGAAUGGAGAUUGCACAUGAAGCACGAUCCGGAGCUAUGGUUCGCAGUGCUCCUCCAUCUACAAUGUGGCAGGAUUCUGGCAUUGAUAAGAGAUCUAGAGCGGCGAGAAGCAGCGGCAGCAGCGCCGACCAGGAGCCCAGCAGUCCGAGAUCAAAGCAUUCCGCUACCGAGCAGCGGCGGAGGACCAAGAUAAAUGACAGGCUUGAUAUACUUCGGGAACUCCUGCCGAACUGCGAUCAGAAGAGGGAUAAAGCUUCUUUCCUUCUGGAGGUUCACAUAACAUCUUGUGAAUUGGCACAGCAGUCAGCAGGUUAUUCUUGCAAAUUUUCACCUCAUGCUAUAUUCUGUUUGCAGGUUAUUGAAUACAUACGGCUCUUGCAAGAGAAAUGCCAAAAAUAUGAGUCAGCCAUUCCUGAAAAGGAUCCCACGGAUUCCAAAUCCAUGGCAUGGGACAAAGUGUACUGCAGAUCACGGUGGAGGAACACACAGAACAUUAGUCAAGGCCAAGGAGGAGGUUUAUCAGCUGCCACAGAAGACAUGAACAAUGAGCAGCAUUGCAGUCCCAAGGGCAUUACAGUUGCACCCACUUCUCUCUUCACUACACAAAGUGUCAAAGAAACUAGUACAACAGCCAGUUCCUCCCAAAACAUUAUAGAGAACAACAUGCCUAACAAUCAGCUAUCAUGGCUGAGUAUGUCAACCAUGAACCAAAACAGUAAUGCAAGCAACAGCAAGCUAAGCAAGCAGGAGACGCAGAGUCUCCGCAAUGAUACUCAGAGUCUUUCCAGUGCGUACUCACAAGGGUUGUUGCAUAAACUGAAAGAAGCUCUACAGAAGUCAGGAGUAGACCCAUCUCAAGCAAAUAUAUCUGUGGAGAUCAAUAUGGAUAAACGGGCAAGAGCCAAUGCUCAUAUACAUGACAAUUCAAAGGCUAAUGAAGGCAAAGAACCAAUGCACAUAACCAAGAGGCUCCGGUGCGACUGAAGCUACAUCUCUGUCCCAAACUCGACAAUUCAUUCAACGCGAAGUUCAGAAGGGGACUUUGCAAACCACAACUGAUGCAAUUAUUUUAUUUAUGUUGCAAUUACAUUUCACUAACCAAAGCUUCAUUCAUAUACCGAGGAAGGUGCUUUUGCGAGAGCAGCUCCCAUUUUCUUUUCUUUAGUUUUGUAAAUGCAGUUCAGAUUCUAAAAUGUGUGUAUUUCUACAUGUAAAGGUCUCAAUUAAACUCAAUUCUUUUCUAUAUAGAAGAAGUCGUAACA